AUGGCCUCUCGCGAGGCAGCAGCUUUACAAGGCUCAGCCUCCGUCAAUUCGACGCCAAGGCUGAGCUCUCGAGGCCAACAGGGCUGGAGUCUGGACGGUGACAAGAACGAUUGGAAUCCGAAAGAUGUGUGGGUUCAUAUCUACCACUGCGACCCGUACACCGGAUUCCUCAAUCGGAUGCUGCUCAAGAAUUCUGAGAUAGGCAUCUACCAUGCUGGGAUCGAGGUCUACGGAGAGGAGUGGUCUUUUCAGUACUUUGAAGACACCUGGAACGACCCGUCCAUCUCUGGGAUCAUUCGAUGUUUACCCAAGCAGAUGAGCGGCUACGAAUACCAAGAGUCCUUGAACCUGGGCUCCACGACGCUCUCGCCCAGCGAGGUAGAUGACCUACUAACAGAGCUGAGUGAGGAGUAUCCUGCCAGCUCGUAUCACUUGACGCAUCGCAACUGCCUCACCUUUGCACAGCAUUUGGCGACCCGUCUAAAGGUCCCCAAGGAGUUCCCUGAUUGGAUCUUGGGCAUCCUGCAGGCAAGCACCAAGGUGGGUGCGCUGGAUGCAACCGUGGACUACUUCUGGAGUUGGGCCAAGUGGUACAUGAUCCGAAAGCACGAGACUCCGGAGGAACGGUAUCCAGAAGAUGCAGAUCAGGCCAACACCUGGUCUUUAUUUGGGUUAAAUCCGAGCUGUUCGCCCUGUCCUGGCCCAGCCAAAGGCCCUGAUGCAAGCGAAUCCGCCUCAGCGCCGAUCCCGAAUGUACAAAGCUUGUCGGAAGAGCCACUUCCUGCUCCUGGCUCGGCGCGGCCGUCAUGA